GAUAAAGGCGGGUGACGUCAGCUAUGCUGGCAGGGCUGGUCCUUCGUGUGCAGAAAAGACCUCUUCAAGAGUGAACAGUGAGUAGGACAUUGACUGACCCGACACUGUACAUCAUCCUCGCUGGAUUGAAAACAAGAGUUGCAACAUGGGCAACGUCCAACCAACUAUUACCCCCUAUGAGGAGUUCGAUGUCGUGGCUGAUAUCAAGGCCAUUCGCAAAUCCUGCAAAGGUUUGGGGACGGAUGAGGAGGCCAUCAUUGAGAUCCUGGCCAAUCGUUCAUCAGCACAGCGCUUGGAAAUCAAGCACGCGUAUUUCGAGAAGUAUGACGACGAGUUGGAGGAGGUGUUGAAGAAGGAGCUGACUGGUAGUUUUGAGAUGGCCAUCGUGGCCAUGCUAGAUCCGCCACACAUCUACUCUGCCAAGGAGCUGAGGAAGGCCAUGAAAGGGGCGGGCACCGACGAGGCAGUUCUGGUGGAGAUCCUGUGCACCAGCACCAAUCAGGAGAUCCUGACUUGCCAGGAGGCGUAUGCCCAGGUGAACGAACGUGACCUUAUGGCUGACAUUGAGGAUGACACCAGUGGAGAUGUCAAGAACCUCCUGAUAUCUCUUCUGCAGGCUAACCGGGAUGAGGGCUUCGAGGUGGACGAGGGACUGGCCGAGCAGGAUGCUACCGCUAUGUUUGAGGCAGGAGAGGGUCGUUUUGGAACGGACGAGUCCACCUUCAGUUACAUUCUGACACACAGGAACUACCUGCAGCUUCAGGCCACCUUCAAGAUCUAUGAGCAGCUCUCUGGGACAGAGAUCCUGGAUGCCAUUGACAACGAAGCCACUGGGACCUUAAAGGAGUGUUACAUCACCCUGGUGCGGUGUGCCAAAAACCCUCAGCUCUAUUUUGCCCGUCGCCUGAAUGCUGCAAUGAAAGGGGCAGGCACCGACGAAGACACGCUCAUCCGCAUCAUCGUUGGUCGCUCAGAGUUUGACCUGGAGACCAUUAAGGAGAUGUACCUGGAGAAGUAUGAUGUUCCUCUGAAAGAAGCUCUGAGCUCCGAGUGUGGAGGAGACUUCAAACGUCUCCUACUGGAGAUCCUGCACUAAGACCCCUGUUUGUUUUGUUUUUUUGUCUCUUUCUGUUCCUCUUUUUCCUUCUUUGACAGUUAGUCCUAAAACACCUGUCUUCUUACACUUCUACCUCUCUCAUCCUCUUCUCUCACCUCUUCCUUCUCUUUGGCUCUGACUGCAACAUGGACCAAAAACCAACCACACCAUCAUGUUACUAACACAGACAAAUGUCACUAACUUCUACAUCGAGUUAUGAACAGAAGACUGCCAGGUAGCCCGGGCUGUAUACUGGAUAAUGAAUCAAGUCCUAGACCUGAACUAUGGACUUAAAACCAAAAACAUUUAUAUUGAUAUACUAUGUUUAUUAUCACACAUUCCUCAGUUAGGCUCUUCUUACAUACAGUAAACGAACCAACUAUUUAUUAUUAGUCAUUCUUACUUUCUUUCCCUCUUAUUCAAAGCCAUGGGAAGUAGGGGUGCUGAAGGUGCUUUAGUGAACUUGCCCUUCAGUACUCCUGUAUUAGUUGAGGAAAAAUUCUCCCCAGCGUCCUCAUCCCCAUGCUCUUAUUCCUUUGUUUGUGGCUGAUAGUUGAUGUUGGCUGUAGUAUUAGUUCAUACCAUGUUUACUGUGUCUACCACAUAGAUGCCUUGACUAGCCUUAAGAUAUGCCAGUUUAUCUUCUUUCUACUGCACCACUCAAGCUCCAAGUAAUCUCAUUGGAAGCUUUCCGGUACAUACAGGAUCACGACAUGGCACCAUUUUGAAUCGAGAAGAGAUCAAAACAUAUCUGGUUUAGAAUUUCUAUCCAUCAUUUUAGGGUUUUUAACCUGUAGGAAAAGGUUUAUAGACCACCUUUUUAGAUCAAAGCCUUCUCUUUAGAAAUAUUUACAUUUAGAUUGACUUUUUUUUCUAAUAAAACUCAAUGGAAAACAGCAGUAGUAACCAAUCUAAUUAGUUGAUAUAAAGAUGUACAUUGCAGUGGAUGUUAAUGCUUUUAGAGAGCAAUGGGGCUCUAAAAUGAAUAUAUCAAUGAAGUAAUGCACCAUAUCAUUGAUUGUAGUAUUUAAUCAUUUAAAGGAAAUAUGGUAAUUAAUCGUAAGGCUUCAAGUACAAUCAUAAGCAUGUAGAAUUAAAGGCAACUACUGUAUGGUAAUGAAUAAUAUUACAGCCUCCUAAAAUGGUAUAUCAAAAAUAACACUAACUAGCUUGUGAGUAGGCUUCUGUUGUGUCGGCUAUACAGGUGUCAGAACGGUAUUGAUGGCAACCAGGUCAAUGUCAACGACUUGUAUUUUGGAUGAAUGUUAUCCUGAACAUAGCCAAAGAUUUGUGGUUACUGUAAAAUAUAAAUAAAGCAUAGCUAUAUUAAACCGAA